AUGAAAGUCGCAAACUGUGGCAUCCACGGUUUCUAUGAGACCAUCGGCCUCGAUGUCGAUGAGUUACGAAUGUUCUGGACGCUUGAGAGCGACGAGUAUGCUGAGCAAACUGCGUACCGAGUCGUGAUCUCUGCAUCAGAGCAGAGCUUGAGUGCUGAAGCUUCUGCCGACAUCGACGCAACCUGGGAUUCUGGCAAAACCCCCACGAACGAGCAGCGAAACAUUCUCUGCAAACCAAAGGAAGGGUUCCGCUCAACAUGUCUCUACUACUGGAGAGUGACAGUAUGGGACAAACAGGAUGUCGCUUCCCACUCUGAGGUUCAGACCUUCUUCACCGCCUAUCCCAGAUCUCAACUGCUGCCACCUUACUCCAUGAAUCAGAAGUAUAUGCCACAUUCUAGUCUUAUCUUUCGUACAUGGUUUGAAGACAUCGAAAACAAGUGGAAGGCUGUUUGGAUUGGAGAUGGUGGUGAUAAGCCAUUGUACAUCCGUAAAAGCUUCAACUUGUCGCGUAAACCGUCCAAGGCUAUAGCUCUCGCCUCGGGUCUUGGACAUUUUGAUCUUCACGUAAAUGGUCAACCUGCUUCUGACCAUGUUAUCGAUCCUGGAUGUAAGUCAUCCUAUGUUACCGUAUGCUGUAUCAUGCUGAUUUUUUCAANNGGGUCAAACUAUCACCGUACCGUUCAGUAUGUCGGCUACGACCUCACAGCACAUCUUCAUGCUGGAGAUAAUGCUCUCGCAGCACAUGUCGGCAACGGUUUCUACGCUGGCAGUGGUACCGAGGAAGAUCGAUUCUUCUGGCCCAUGUACGAAGACAACACUUACGUUCGCUAUGGCAACGAGCUGUGCUUCUUCGCCGAGCUCCACUUGUUCUAUGAUGACGGCACCCACGACAUCAUCCAUACCGAUCCCUCAUGGAAGGUCCGCAAGAGUGCAACUACACUCGCGAACAUCUAUGCCUCCGAGACUCACGACAAGCGUUUGUAUCCCUCUGAUUGGACGUCGCCAGGUUUCGACGAGAGCGAGUGGGGUCCUGCAAAGCCUCUGACCGGACCUCGAGGCUUGCUGCGCUAUCAGAGUCAGCCACCAGUCAUUCUUCACGACAAACUCAAGCCUCAGUUUACAACAAGCCCUCGACAUGGUGUGGUCUGUUUCGACCUCGGACAAAAUGCUUCCAUCAUGCUUCAUCUGUCUGUGGAAGGGCCAUCCGGGUCAGAAGUCAUUGUCCGAUAUUCGGAAACGGCAAAUCAUGACGGAACAGUCUUGAUGCCUGACCCGCUGUUUAAAGACUUUGAGACAAAAGUCUACUCGAAGAUAUAUCUGGCUGGAACAGGAGGGCCCGAGGAUUGGCGACCUGACUUUUCCUUCACUGCCGCUCGAUACAUUCAGAUCGAAGGCGUUGCGCUAGAAGAAGGACAUGGACUACCCAUUGUACGAUCCGUAUACGGAAGACACAUCUCGUCGGCCUCACAGCGUAUUGGCUUCAUGAAGACCGACCAGAAUGACGUCAACGCACUCAUCAAGGCAUCGCAUUGGUCGCUGUCCAGUAACAUCUUCAGUUACCACACCGACUGUCCGCAGAUUGAGAAAUUUGGCUGGCUGGAGGUGACUCAUCUUCUUGCACCUGCGUCACAAUACGUGUUUGAUAUGGAAGCACUGUACACCAAAAUCAUAUACGAUAUGAUUGACGCUCAAGAACCUAGUGGUCUUGUCCCAACCAUGGCACCCGAGAUCAGAUAUAUGUGUGGUCCUCUACACGACACAAUCAGUUGGGGUGGAGCGUUGUGUUUGCUACCCGAGUUACUUGUCAAGUACUACGGCUCCACCUGGGUCAUACCGCAAGUCUACCCAGCCGCUGUAAGAUACAUGGACUAUAUGGAGACGAAAGAACGCCUCGGAGGGCUCAUCGAGCACGGUCUGGGAGAUUGGGGUCGCGACAUUGCCUGGGGAAAUCUACAAGCCAACAUCGAAACCGCUUACUACUACAAGUGCCUGCAGAACACCGCCAUGAUGGCCAAACAUCUCGGUCACUCAGAAGAAGCUGCAAAGUAUGAAACUUGGGCUGCGCGCGUCCUCGAGGUAUACAAUCGCGAACUUCUUAUCCCGGACGAUGAGACUCUGCCUUACGCUUACUACACCUCUCGCGACAACAUCGGCCAAAGAGACUGUCAAGCCGUCGCUCAAGCCUACGCUCUGCAGUUCGACAUGGUGCCUUCGCAACGCGUUUCCUCGGUACAACGCGCCUUCCUCGCCAGCGUAAGCGACAAUCGCAUCCGCUCCGGCGAACUCGGUCUCAAAUGCAUCUUCGAAACCCUCAUCGAUCUGCAGCGUCCAGACAUCGUGUUAGCAAUGGCCAGACAAGAAGAGCAUCCCAGUUACAUGCGCUUCUUACGUAAUGGAGAGACUACAUUCCUCGAGUUUUGGCAAGAUGAGUGUAGAUCCAAGAGUCAUGAUUUGUUCUGCACUAUUCAUGAGUGGUUUUAUGCUGGCGUAUUGGGAAUACGGCCGCAGGGGGACGCCUACAAGACUUUUAGUAUUGAGCCGCCGUAUGACUCGGAGUUCAAGGACGUGGAGGGUCAUGUUGAUUGUCCGUAUGGCAGAAUCCAGGUCAAAUUCAGCCAGACAGACGAAAAGGUGGCUUUGACUGUCUCUGUUCCUAUGGGAACACAGGCCUCGAUCAAAGUCCCAGAGACAUUCAAGUCUUCCUUCAAAGUGCUUCGAGGAGAUGAGACGAUAGCAGCGAAGGCAAAGGGGCAGUAUCUGCACUUGAAAAAUGGUAGCUACUCUGUCGAAUUCCGAUGA